CCGCCAUGUUUUCCCUCCGCGGAGCAGCGUUGCGACAGAGACGCAGAACUCGAACGACAUGAAUGUAGAAAAUAAUCUUACGGCAGAAACAGAGCAAACGAAGAACGGCACCGAGACAAUCACCAUCCAGACCACGCUGGGAGACGAAGAUGAGGACGUGCACCGGUGCGGACGCUGUCAGUCCGAGUUCUCCACGUUGGAAGCUUUCAUCCAGCACAAGCUGCACCAGGGCUGCCGGCGGGAGGAGAGCGGCGGAGGCGACGACAACAACCAGGAGGUUACUGCCACCGUCGGGACCCCUUCCCCUGAGGUGAAAACAGCUGAAGGUGCAUCCUCGGAUGAGCCAGAGAAGACCACUCAAGAUGAAACCGGCGGUCUGCUGGGUCGAGGUCGCAGGAAAAGAACAGCUUCCCUUAAAGUCACUGACCUGUCAGAUGGGGCCGAAGAAUCCAUAUCUGAUAAUGCCGACAGUGACAAGCUUGUUUACAAAGUCAGCCAAGAUGGACGCUACAUUUGCCAACUGUGUGAAAAGACAUUUAAAACAACAAACAUCUUGAGAACUCACAUGAAAACACACAGUGACCAGAAGAACUUCUCAUGUGACCUGUGUGGAACCUCCUUUCGUACCAAAGGCUCCCUGAUUCGCCACAACCGUCGUCACACUGAUGAGCGGCCAUAUCGCUGCACCCUCUGUGGUCAGUCCUUCAGAGAGUCGGGGGCCCUCACUAGACACCUGAAGGCCCUCACACCCUGCACAGAGAAGAUCCGCUUCGUUCAGUACAAGGAGAUCCUGGUCAGCAAAGAUGGAGCACAGAAAGGUGUUGAAGCUGAUCAUGCUGCAGGGGCUGGCCAGCAGGAGGUGGUGGUUGUGGAGCAGCAGCCAGAGGAGCAGGAGAUGGUGGAGGCUCAGACUGCUGUCGUCAGCGUGGUAGAGGCUGGUUCCCAAGAGGUUCUGCAUCAGGUCCACUUCACAAUGGAGGUGGAUGGAACGACGCAGGAGCAACAGGUGGUGGUGGAGCAGUCUCAGGCUGAAGCGCUGGCUGCAGCUGCAGCAGCAGGCGACAACCUCAUCUGUCAGGCCAUCAUCAACUCUGGUAUUGCACUGGAGACGGAGGAAACAGUAGUUGAGGAGAUCUCCGAGGAAACUGAGGAGAUGGAAAAAAUGGUCUCUGACUGUCCUGAUGUUGAUGAGGGGGUCACAGAGAUCCAGGUUAAAGAGGAGUUUGUAGAGAGGGAGACAGAGGAAACCGAAGAUGGAGACAGUCAUGUGCCAAAAUUGUACUCGUGUCCACAUUGUAAUCGCUCCUUCAAGGGAAUAAACUACUUCCGUUUUCAUGUCAAGGGCCAUUUGGGUUAUAAGCCCUUCAAGUGCACACUCUGCCAAAAAGAGUUUCUGACUGGUUACCUGCUGAAGAAACACAUGGAAGUUCACGUCAGUGAGAGGAGAUACAAGUGUGGCGAGUGUGGUAAGCUGUACAAAACUGUAGGACACGUACGUGAGCACAUGAGGGCCCACUCGGACGAAAGACCCUACAACUGUGGCAGAUGCAGCAAAGGAUACAAAACCAAGAAUGCCUUGCAGGUGCAUCAGCGGACUCAUGGUGAGGACAAACCCUAUGUGUGUCAAUUCUGCUUGAGAGGCUUCAGGGAGAAAGGUUCUCUGGUGCGACACAUUCGCCAUCACACCGGAGAGAAGCCCUUUAAAUGCCAAAAGUGUGGACGGGGUUUUGCUGAGCACGGAACCCUCAAUCGUCACAUGCGUGCUAAAGGAGGCUGCCAUAACGACGACUCCUGUGAGUCGCAGGUCGAAGUAACUGAGGAGCAGACGUCAGUGGACAGCCUCGCUACAGCAGCCAUCAUCUCAGAGGACCCUCAUGCUGUCCUGGUGGAGUUCUCCUCUGUGGUGGCAGACACACAGGAGUACAUCAUCAAGACUCAAACGGACGAGGAAGUGCACGAGGAGGAAGUUACACUCAUCCAAGACGGCCAAAAUGAGAUGGGAAACCACAUCAUGAAAGUGGUGCAGCGGAUUGUCAACCAGUCCCGCAGCGCCGGCGGCACGGGCAGCCAUCAGAUCAUUGUGCGUAACGUGGCGGGGGACGAGGAGGGCCCGACCAUCUCCGACUGUGGGGACACCAUCACCAUCGCUACGCCCGAGAGCCUGACGGAGCAGGUGGCCAUGACACUGGCCUCCGCCAUCAGCGACGGCACGCUGCUGGCCGCGACGGAGACUGUGGAGACGGCAGACGGAACAGUUACUAUGGUUACCAGCGAGGAAGCAGGGGAGGAGGGAAUAGAAGUGGUGCAGCAGCAGGAGGAAUAUGUCAUCACCACCCCAGAGGACGUGGAGAUUCAAACUGUCAUCGUAUGAUGGAGGAGGACACAGACUAUGGACUGUCGCAUUUGGGCUCGACUGUACCCGGGUAGCAGAUUACUGUAUUUUACUUUGUAGGAGCUUCAUGUGUGAUAUUAAAACACAUGAUAACAGAGGCCAAAGUAGAUAGAAAAACCGUGUCCAAUGUGGACUAGCUCUCUCAUGUGUUUUGAUUUUUGAUUGGUUUACUGAAAUGAAGCACUGCAUACAAUCUACUAGCUAAUUGAACUCAUAGGUGCAGACAGCUUAAAAGAAUAACUAGAUUAAUUGUGUGACGUUUUCAUUCUGAAUGCCUGAACAGUUUUAUAUUUAAUUAUAUUUGCUAUUUCAAACGUUCAGUUUCCUUUUCCUAUACUGCCUUAUAUGGCCUGAUUUCAUUGCAGUUCUCUCAUGUGCUCUCUGUUGUCCUGGUCGGCUUCAGUUUUUCUAAACUCCACAUCUCGUGGAGCCCUCAAAAGUCCGAUCAUCCUAAACUGUGCGCAUGUUCCUGCCCGUCUGAGGACGUUCAGGGACACAACCAAUCCCCCAUAUUACAGUGUUGCACUUCUAAGAUGGUCAAUCGUGAUAAUGCAUCUUUAAGCAUGACAGAUACGCCGGUAAACGUGAAAAUGUGUUCAGUUUACUCAAGCAGAGUUUGCAUCAAAUAAAUGCUAUUUUAUUUUU